AUGCCUACCUGCCGCCGCAAGCGCGUCGUUCUCACAGAACCCUCAGAAUCGCUCUUGCAAGCGGGCAAAGCCGACCCCGCCAGACAAGUCUUCUAUCUUGAACAGACCGGGGAAAUCUUCGAGACAUUCGAAGCUUAUGCGGCUCGAAUGUCAUUCUAUCGACUGAAACAGUUCCAAUGCGAGGUCACUGGUAAAAGCGGGCUUGAUUAUUUCCAGGCCAUCGAGAGUGAGCGCCAGGAAGCGCGGACACUACACUCUCGAUUUUCCGAACCUCUCAAGCCAGCUGUCCUAAGAGCUGUUCAAUGGCAGGUCAUGGGCCGUUUAGACCACUUAGUGGAGGCCGUUUAUGAACGCUUCAAAGACCGAUACUUCAAGAACGAGAAAAUUCUUGUUGACCUUACAGGAACAAAGUACUAUGCUCGUGUCGAGAAAGUCUACCCUCCUAAAUACUGCUAUGACCUCAAGGCCAGGGAUGCACACAAGGACCCCUCUGGUUCCUCUUCCCUUUCUCUCGACGACGAUCCACCCCAUGUAAUUGGGGGUGAUUUAAGAAUCCCUUCGCAGGACGCUAUUUCCCGUGAUGAUCCAGAACGUUAUUACUACUGGGUUCACGUUCUUGAAUUAGAAAAGGACAAGAGUCAUGAGAAGGGUAAAAGCUCCGCGAAGGGUAGUGAGAAGGACGGAAAAAUGAUUGGCAGCUUACUUGAGGUUCAAUGUGGUAUGAUGAGUCGUGAUCGCCUUUCAUUCUCCAAAUCAAUUCUUCGUCGAUUCAUCAGGGACUGCGUAGAUCGGGAAGCUGCUGUUGCUUCACCUUGGACAGUUAAGCCUACAAUAGCUAAACGUUACGGCGUCGACUCUAUCAUGCCAGAAGAGACCAGAAAAGGUGUUGAAAACAUCAAGAAGGGUGAAAUCGAUAAGAGGAAAAAAGUUUGGGAAGAAAAGGAGGGACCACCAACGAAAAAGCAGAAGAAGAUGACUGCAGCUCAGGAAGAACGUGCAAAAACGUUGGCUGUCGCAGUUGAAAAGCGAGAGCGGGAAGCUCACGAGAAAGCUGAGAAGCAACGCGCUGCUAAAGAAGAAGCUGAGCAAUUAGCGGCUGAAAAGAAGAAGAAGAAACCCAUCCGUUAUCCGACAGAAGAUCUAGACAUUCGCAUGGCAGACAAGGACAAAAAGGCAGGAAUGAAGUUGAAGAGGCCCGUUGGAAACCGCGCAAACGUGCCAUUUAACGACACACCCGGCACCUCUGAGUCAUUUCUCAUGAGUUGGAAUUUUCUAAUUGUUUACGGUCAACCUCUUCACCUCUCAGUUUUCUCACUCGAUGAACUCGAGCAUGCUUUACGACACUCCCUUCCUGAGACUCCCUGCUCUCUGCUUGCAGAGGUUCAUUCAACACUUAUCUACAAUCUUCGUACCAUAACUUUUCAACGACACAAUGCCCUUCUCUCCCUACUUCAAACCAAAGAAACGAGAAUAGAGCAGGGGUUAGAGGAUGAGAAAAUAUUUGGUAUCACGAUCGACCAACUAACAGGGGCCAUGGCAGAUGUUGGGAACAAUUGGGAAAGAGUACCAUUAAGGCACAACGAAGGCCGUGAUGGAUGGGAAGAUGCUCUUGUUGGAUGUUUGAAAGAUCAUGCUACUGUCUCAAACUUCCCCCGCCUCCGUGAAGUACUUACUCAGCUACUUUUUGCGCCUGAAGUUGCUCCCGACGCGCCUUCAUCCUCUAGUUCAAGAACUUCUACGCCUACCUCAACUCCUCUCUCAGUCAUUUCCCACCCAAGUGAACGCUACUAUCAUCUACCCCCUGCCGACCGAAUUGCAAUUCUCGCCUUCAUGUGUAAUUUAGCCAUUUCAAGCAAGGCUAUUCACGCACAUAUGGAACUUUGCGAAGAACAGCUCACAUCUCUGCGGAAAGAGAAAAUUGAGGUCAAUCGUCUUAAGAAACAACACGUGGAAGAAAUGAAUGCGCUGGCAGGGGAGACAAAAGGGGAAACAGCUGCCUUGGGCAAUGCCAUCAACGAGGAUGUGGAAAUGCGCGACUCUAGUGAUCUGUCUGAUAUCUCGGAAGGAGAAUCUGAGACACCCUCCGGAAGGAGAGCAUCACGUCAGAAGAAAACGCACGCCCUUGCACAUUCAAAAGAGCGGGAAGCCGCAAGAGCGAAACAGGCAUCUGUGAAACAAGCCCUUGCGGAGCAUCGCCGCCUCGACGAAGAAGUAAACAAGUUGGAACGACGGUUGGAGAGCAUUGAACGUGAAUUCAGGAAGCUCUUAGGUGCGGUUCGGGUAAAGCCUUUCGGGAGAGAUCGGUUCUACAAUCGAAUCUGGUGGUUUGACGGCAUGGGUUCGGCAUCACUGGUUGGCAGUGGAGGGGUUACACAGUAUGGAACUGGUCGACUCUUCAUUCAAGGACCAAGCGAAUUCGAUCUGGAACUCUUGCAAAAGAGGAACGACGAGGACCUUGAAGAACGUAGAAAGGAGGAGGAGGGUGAAGAUGGGAUGCUAGGCCCCAACGAUUGGGCAGUAUACUCGGAGUUGGAAGAGCUCGACGAACUCGUAGCGUGGUUAAACCCCAAAGGCCACCGCGAGCUUGCCGUUAAAACCGCGCUUACUAGGUGGUGGCCCCAUAUUACUGCAGGAAUGCGGAAGCGCAUCGCGGACCUCAACACAAAUGCAAAGUUACCCGAUGCGCGACGCAGCGCUCGAACAAAAUCAGCUGCUGGUUAUGACGUUACAAGAGAACCGUACAUGAUGUGGGCCAACCGAAGAGCAGUUAACGCUUCGUGA